CGGAUGUAGUGAAUGCAGGGUCCGGGGAGAGCGGAUGUAGUGAAUGCAGGGUCCGGGGAGAGACCGGAUGUAGUGAAUGUAGAUAUAGUGAAUGCAGGGUCCGGGGAGAGCGGAUGUAGUGAAUGCAGGGUCCUCCGUCCAGGGGGGGAGACCGGAUGUAAUAUAAAUGCAGGGUCCGGGGAGACCGGAUAUAUGUGAAUGCAGGGUUCGGGGAGACUGGAUGUAGUGAAUGCAGGGUCCGCCGGGGAGAGCGGAUAUAGUGAAUGCAGGGUCCUCCGGGGAGAGCGGAUGUAGUGUAGUGAAUGCAGGGUCCGCGGGGAGCGGAUGUAGUGAAUGCGGGGGUCCGGAGAGACUGGAUGUAGUGAUUACAGGGUUUAGUAACAUUUUAAGCUUAGAUAAGAUAUUUAGUGAUUGGGUUUACGUUUUGUUUAAUAUGCAGUGUACGGUGUGCAAUCUUGUAGUGUGUAUG